AUGAACUUUGUAUUUUACACUGUCACCUUAUAUGCCAUUAUUGGUUUCGCCUGUCAGCGUAAGUUAGCUAAAUUGUGCCAUUGUUCUUAGGGCCUAAUUGCCUUUGAAUCCUUUUUAAAAGCGCUUAGCGAUAAAAUUAUAAAUAACAUACAUAGGUCACGAGUCAGUUUUGGCAAAACAGUUUACCUUGAGAAUAUGCGCAUUUAUGAUUUUAAUAAACGCACUUUAGUCAUGACGAUUAAGUAGUCGUUCGUACAGCGACUUUGAAAUUAAAAUAGAGUGCAUAAAUUGGCAGAACUUGCAGGUUCAAAGCGACUUCAAAACAAAGGUCAUAUUCGAUUGCAACUAGAAAUAUUAACCUGUUAAAGGAAAAUAUAUGCUAGAAGUUGUUCAUUAAACCGGCAUCUGUUUAAAUAAUUGAAGCAGCCCAACAACCGCAUGCAGUUUCCGAAAUAGAGAACAAUGUGACGGCAAAAGAGAAAAUGCAAUUGCUAUUUCAAUGGGAACCAAAACGUCUUGCAAUGUUCUCGUCCGGCCAAAAUGACUACGAAUUGCAACUUCAACAUGCGACAAUCGCCACAGUAAAUGGAUGCAGUUUAUCACAAACAUCGGCAGGUUAUAAAAAGCAUGUAGGAUGUCAGGCACGAUUUGCACACAUAAAAAUGACUGUCAUAUUACGGGUAAGUUGAAGUUUAAUUUAAAAUAUCUCAGUAGCCUGUUAACAUUGCUAUGCGCGUUUUGUCAAUAUACAUUUGCUAAGCCGAAGCUUCAGGAGGAAAAUUAGCAAAAAAACGUUCAUUUCUAAACUUUUCUUCCGACCGAUCCAGUUUUAUGGGAGGGGGACGUAAUGAUUGAAAAAAUAGGCAAAAGUUCAUAUUAAAAAACACAGGCUUGGCAGAAGGGAGGGCGGAAGGGCGUAAAAAGUUGCAUGUGGUUAGUCAACCGUUGACUCCCAUAGGCGCAAAGCCUAAGCGAGGUUAUUCUGAACGCAAAAGAUCGUUUUUCACAACCUGAUGGUGGCUGCUUCUGCUGUUGCUAACAGGCGCUAGCCCAGUAGCGUAGGGUAGCUCGAGGGAACCUCGCAAAUCACACGAAAUGCCCUAACGGGGUCUACACGAUGUCUCGAAUCCAUUGCAUGAGCAGGGGUAGUACUGUCUUUUCUACUAAUUUCGCUUUUUGCCAGCCAUGCGGGGAGGUGGCGUCGUACUACAUAUGUAUUAAAACCUCAUCUCCACUAUAAAAACCUUACGUUCUCUAUUUUUCAUGUUUUCUGUUUUAAGCCAGUGAAAAUGCUAACGUACUUAUCGAGCACUUUAAAGUCAUGUUAAACUUGCGCAUAAAGGCAGAUUAAUAAAGUAGCACACUUUUCUUUUUCGGACCCACUGUGCUUCAAAGCGGUAUUAUUUCAAUUUUGAACUGUCCUAUACCUCUUACAUAAGAGCAUAUAUCCCAAUAUUUUGUUUUAGGUCAUGUCCUCAUUCGAGAUAAUUCAAACAAUAUACCGCUUUAUCAAUUUGAAAGACGCAGAUGUGCAUAUUGGAGCUGAACUUGGCCGUGACAGCAUGAGGGCAACUAAAAUUGUCUUUCUGAAGGAAGAAAAUGUUACACAUUCAAUGGAGUCCGCAACCAAAUUGAUGAAAUCGAUGUUUUCGGAAAGUGACAUGGACCGCAAAUUGCAAAUCAAAGCGGCUGAAGUGUUCUUGAAUGUAUAUGCGCUACCGUUUCGCGAAACCUGA